AUGGCAGGGGGAAAGCAUCAAGCGUUCACGUACGCGACUGUCGUGGGCCUCACGGGCGGUGCUGGCUACGUGCUGAAGCGCCACAUCCCGUCACUAGUUGGUGGCGUUGCGCUAAGCGUUGGAUUUCUUGGCGCAGGGUUACUGGUUCUCACGGACACCAUCACCGACCACCAUUUCGAGCAUGGGACGUCGCUGGCCAUGUCAGGUAUCAUUGCGAGCGUAAUGGGACGACGUGCAGCGCUCACGGGUCUGGCUGCGCCAGCGUUGAUCGCCACGGCUGGCGCAUUGUCGGCGGGCUACCACGUUCACCAGCUCAGUAAUCCACCCCGCAGAUUGCGCUACAUCCCCGGCGCCCCACCCGUGCCGAGCAGCUACGACUAAGUGCCAGCCAUUAAGUGUGUAUAUCCGUGCCACAUUCAUUUUUUUCAAGUAAAAGAAAGUGUCAGCUAGCCUCCGUAACUUUGUGCGGAUCGCUCGUGAA